AUCUUGUUGAGCUCUUUAAAAUAUGAAUAGUAUAAGGGCAGAAAUCUGAAGUAAUGGCUGCAAUUCCCUUCAGUUCCAUGGGCUUUGAUUAAGAAAAAUAAAGCAUCUGCGACUCAGCUCAGUUUCAGGACCUGAUACCAUAAAAAGUGGCUGGCUCUUCUGAAUGGAUAGAGUUUCGUGGUCGAACCUCCCUGAGGAUCUCUUGGUAAAGAUCGGUAAAUAUCUGGACGCUCUCUUCGAUGUCAUCCGAUUUCGUAGUGUCUGUAGAAGAUGGCGAUAUUCACUCUCUUUUCUUCACAUCAAUUCGCAUCUUGAAUUUCCUGGGAUGACAGAUCGCAAUCCCCAAACCUCUUUUGCAGGGUAUGUCUCAAAAUCUUCAUACCUCGUUAAAAACACUGUCUAUAUUCUUAAUCAAUAUGCAACCCCUUCUCCUAUUUCAAUGCCAUGGUUGCUCAAACUUGAAGAAACCGAAGAGGGUAAGCUUCGCAUUAUAAAUCCCAUGUCGAAUAGCCCUGUUAAGGAUUUACCAUCCACAUUCCCCAACGUUUUAAACUUGCUUGACUUCCCAAUUCUCGAAGUAAGCAGAGGGUAUAUUAGGAAAGACACGUUUAAAAGAGUGGAACAUGCUACAUCUAUUGUAACAAAAGCAGUUAUGUUGCCAGAGUCUGGCAGGGUUAGCAUACACGACGAUUUCAUGGUUCUCAAUCUUUGCCAAGAUGGAGGGUUGAUUCUUUGGAGAAACGGAGAUGAUGAGUUGAAGCAAAUAAAUGAGCACGAGUUUCACUAUGAUGACAUUGCGGUUUAUAAAGGGCGUUUUGUUGCUGUAGAUAGAUGGGGAACCGUUUCCUUAGUUGAUUCUUCCUCGCAGUUAAUAAAAUACACUCCUCCCAUUUUCAAUGGCGGUAGCAAGAAGCAUUUGGUUGUGACUUCUGAAGAUCUUUAUGCAGUUGAUAGAUACCUUGAUCGAGCCCGGACAACUCGAAAUCCUUAUAAGAAAGAGGAUGCAAAGGUGGUUGCUUUUAAGGUGUAUAAGUUGGAUGAAGAGUGGGGAUGGACAGAGGUGACAAGUUUAGAUAAUCGGAUUUUGUUCAUAGGCGAGGGAUUAAACUUCUUUGUUCCGAUUGGGGAACUUAGGGGAUGUAAUGGAAAUUGCAUUUAUUUUGUAGAUGAGGAUCGUACUUGGUACAAUGAUGACGAUGAUGCACUUGUAGGAUCAACAGGUCAUGGCAUUGCUGUUUUCAACUUGGUGAAUGGUAGGAUUGGGAAGCUAUCAUCUUUCCCUGGCUACUCUGAGAUGUUUUGGCCUCCUCCAUCUUGGUUCACUGCAAAUUAAUAUCCAUCAUGAAAUUAGAUGCGUUCAAGCUACCAAAUUGAGCGAUACUUCUACAGUCCCUGAAUGGUAAGAAAAAUCCAAAGGCUUGGCUUCAGUUGAUGCAUC